UACAGCACCAUCAUACAAAGGACCCUCAACAAAAUGUCGGUCACAGUCAGAGCGACGGCGUAGCACAGCCAGCAAUCAAGUUGAGUUACGGACUUUAAGUAGCCCGGCUACUGCAAUGCCCUUUGUAGUAUGCCAGUCCAGCAGUUACCUCCCAGGCUCAGUGGCAACCAUGUCCAGCAGACCCUCGACAGGCAGCAGUAUAUCACGGGGGAGUCAAUCCAGAAACUCCACCGGAUCACGCAGCAAAACAAACUUUACGUCGCCGUCAUCACGAGGUGGCGCUCAACCAUGGUCGAAGCGGGCGUCCAUCGUAUCGACGCCUUCUUUGAUAUCAAGUCAAGGCGAUAUCUGCAGGAUAUGCCAUUGUGAAGGAGAUGAAGAAAUGCCUCUUAUACACCCGUGCCUAUGCCUUGGAAGCCUUCAGUAUGUACACCAAGGGUGUAUACAGCAGUGGAUCAAGAGCUCAAAUACCAAGAACUGUGAACUUUGUCGAUUUGAGUUUAUCAUGCAGAGCAAGUUAAAACCUCUUGGCAAGUGGGAAAAGCUGGACAUGUCUCCGGCGGAGAGACGUAAAAUCAUCUGUUCUGUGUCAUUCCAUCUGAUAGCUGUGACGUGUGUGAUAUGGGCCCUAUAUGUCCUGAUAGACAAGACCUCGAGUGAUAUACAAGACGAGGGGAUGCAAUGGCCGUUCUGGACAAAGCUAGUAGUAGUUGCUGUAGGCUUUACAGGUGGAUUAGUCUUUAUGUACGUCCAGUGUAAGGUGUACUUCCAGCUCUGGAGGCGAUUGAAGGCAUACAACAGGGUCAUAUAUGUCCAGAACUGCCCACCGGAAGUCAGGUUGAGGGUCAAGGAGCAGAAGGAGUUGGAAGAACCCCCCAAACCUCAGAUGGACAUCAUCAAUUGACCACAGAGAAGGUUGUUUCCCCAUCUAUCAUCAGUGAAUUGUAUGCAAACGAGUGUGAGCCUAAGCUUGUAGCACUAAAGUAUCAAUAUUUUAAGAUGUUUUACACAUUGUGUUCAAAUGAAUUUGAGCCUGAGCUAUUCUGCUAAAGUAUCAAUUUUGAGAGGCUCAAUUUCUAGCCUAUGACUACAAACUCCUGUAGUCAUUCGCCACUGUAAAAUACCCAGAGCACUUCUACAAUUCAUGCAAAUUAUCUUGAUUUCCACUUUUUUUUGAAAGACUAUUCUGCCCUACAACAGCAAGAGGAUGUAAGUGACAAAAAUGACAUUUUCUGUAAAAUGUAUCUGAAAUUACACUACUAUCAUUCCAAUACCAUGAUUUUCUUGCCAAACAUAUCUUGUUUUCACAGCAUAGGAAAUUCAUAAUGGCAACAAGUGAUUUUGCCCUUGUCACAUCCCAAAUUGUCCCUAAAAUUCCCAAAUGGAAUGAUUGAGGCGACCUUUUUUCAUAAAGUUUCUUCAAGAUUUGCCGCAUACAAUAUUCAAGAAUGAUUUAAAUAUGCACAAAAUAUUGAUAUUUGCAUUUACUGAAAUGAAAGAAAUAGUCCCCCAAAAUUCAGAAAUCACCCUAAUGUGGAAAAAAGAAUAGCCCCUUACCCUACUUUUUGAAACUGAGUAUGAAAUGAGAAUUUUACAUAGAAGAAGAUACAUAUUGGAGAAAAUAUGGAAUUAUAAUGGAAUUAUCAUGUCAAAUUUAUUCAAAAUGUCACUUGUUGCCUCUGCUCUGUGGUAGGGCAGAUAUGUGAUGAGUGAUGUGAGCAACUGGUAACAUAAGGUGGCCUGCCUUAGUUUCAAAGAAACGUCAUUCAAAUGAUUCAGUGACCCCCUCCCACAUCAUUCAUAAUGGUUCAAGGAGUAUAAAUUUGUUUUUGUUGAAUGGUGUUUGAUUGGAUAUGUAACACACAAAUUCAAGCCCAUAGAACAAACAUGUAGAAUCUUUAUUAAUUUACUGCAAGCCAAUGUGAUUUAACGUAUGCGCUGUGAGAUAAUGCACUAUCAAUCAAUAUUUCUUGGUACAUAUUAAUGUGUUAUGACUUUUAAUGCUGUUGAAUUGAUUAACAAAACCUUGAAAGGAAAUAUGAAAGUACUGAAAAAAUAGGCUUGAGGCCUGCAAAAUAUAUCAAAGUAAUUUAAUUGCAGAAUAUCUAACAGUAAUCAAUUCACAUGUGUCAAUUAUUUCAUAGAUAGAUUUCAUAGUAAGAUUUAUUAGAUUCCAUAAUUAUAGUAUUGAUAAUGUAUACAAAUUAUGAGGCUGGCCUCUUUAUAAAACAUUAAUGACUCUGGUAAGAUUUCUGAAGCCAUAGCUAAUUGUGUGUUUAUUUCAAUUCGCAUGUAAAUAAUUUCAUAUAACGGUCAGCAUUUCAUGUGUGACAAUUUUACCAUAUGUUUUGAUUUAUUUCAUUUUCAAGAUUUGAUUUUAUGAUUUUCAUUAUGAUAUCAUUUGCAGAUAUUUGGAAGAAAAUAAUUUUAUUGAAAAUGGCAUAUUGUCAUUCACAUACUUAAAUAGUUUGUUUAUAAUUAUGUUUUGUAACAUAUAUUUAAGAAUUGAAUCCUCUGGAGAUCAGAGGCUACAUGAUUAUCAAAAUACACACUGAUAAAUAUUUUUAAACCUUCGACAAAGGUUUAUUUGAUAAAUAUUGCCAUAAAUCUAUAGGAUUUUGAAGUACAAGACUUAUAAAGAACUAUUGAUAUGUUGUAUUAUCAUCUAUUUAGAGCAUUUUAGCCAUACAUUAAAAACGCGUAUUUUGGUCUGCAUCAAUUGCCCGUGCAGUAUCAGAGCGUAUCCCUAGAAUGACCGAAAUCCGAAGAAUAUCCCAUAGGCUCCUGUACAAAAUUUGCUAUUGAAUAUGAGAGCAUAUUCAACAGUAUAGUGCGCAUGCGCGAAUGCAGACAAUAUACAACGCGUAUAACAAUGAAAGCAAUGAGAUGCGCAGAAUAAGAGCACAACGACACUCGAUUACGUCAUAAUGAACUACGUGCAAGUUGCAUGCCAAUGACCAAAUUUGAUCUUAUAAAGUGAUGAUGCCAUUAUGUGAUAUGUGGAUAUGACUUGUUCUAUCAAAUUUCUCUCUCUCUUUUUGAUUGCUAGGGAUGGGAUAGAUGAUAAUAAUUAUAUUGGAUGGCUUUCUUUCAUGGAAUACCAUAAAUAUUCCACUCGUUAGGGCCAAUAUUCCUCUCAUCUGCGAUUCGUGGAAUAUUUGCCCAAACUCUUGGAAUAUUUGUGGUAUUCCAUUCAGAGCCAUCCAAUAUGAUAUAAAUAUGUAAUGACCUCUGAUGUUAUAUUGUGUACAGUUUUAUUGAUCCUUAUGUACAUGUAUUCAUUACAAGAUUUUGAAUAAAACGAUAGUGGAAAAUAAUUUUCCCCAAAUUUUAGGAGGAAGUACGAUUCCUCUCAAUUUUUAGAAGACCCUGACUUACAAUGGGUAUUCUAAUUAUUCAUUUAUAAUAUUUAAGAUAAUUUACGGUAAUUUGGAUAUUGAAUAACAAUUUUCAAGAUCAUACAUAUUUGUAUGAAAUUCUGAAACAUUCCAAUCAUUUUUUGUAUGAUAGAUGCUUGUGAGAUUGUAGCAAAUAUAGUAAAUUUAUUAAGCCAUUAGAUUCUGGAAUGAGGAUGGCUCCUGUGCAAAACCUGAAUAAAAUUAGGCAAUUCAUAAGACAGAUUUUAACCGUAAAUGUUUUCAUAAUUCUAUUUGAUUCUUGCCUGGGCAUGCUUUUGCUUGUACCUUUAAACCUUGUAAUAAUUUAUUGAUUUAUGUGCUUAUGAUAUAUCAAUAUUGUGUAGGUUAAAGCUGAUGUAUUUAUUUAUUAUUGUUCCAUCAUUAAUGAAAUUAUUGAAUAUGUUUAUUUGAAAUGCUUGAAAUAUAUACUUAUAUUAUGUAAUUAACAGAUGUUUACAACUCAGACAAUCAACAGGCCAGCUUUGUUAAACAUGUAUGUGUAUUUUAUUUGUAUUGUGUGUUUGUGUUUCUUCUAUUUAUUAUUCAUUGCAUUACUAUUUCACAACUAUUCAUUUUCUUUUUUUCCACGCCUUUGUAACUUGUAAUGCAUGCUGGCAUUGACUGGGUCCAUUAUUUUAGAUACUAUAGUGUUUUAAAAAUGGAAAAAUCACUGUUUGCAUCUGAACUCGUCAAUGAUUAGUCCUAAUUCAAAUGACUAUGAUAAUGGCUCUGUUCUUCCUAGAGGUCCAAUACAGCUCGUAAUCUCAAGAUGAUAUAUGAAAGUUUUUGUACUUUAGUAUUUGUAAUGAUAUUGUUCUUAACUUUCAUUCCUUAUGCACAAGUAUAUUAUUAGGGGAUGGGAACUGUGAGGUGUGUUGCAAUAUAUUUGAAUUGGAUUGUAAAUACAGUGAAACUUUGUUAAACAUCAAGAAAAUAGGCAUCCUCUUUGGCAAUUCAUUUUCAAUCCAUUCACAAAGUCAUGCAUGAUUAUGUAACUUAUUUGAAAGUGUAAAACCACAUACUUUACUCAUAAUGUUUUGUCUGUUAACUAAAGUAGCGCUUUCUCUGCAACGUAGAUUUCCCCGAAGAAAAUCCAAGACAUACAAUGCAUUAAACCACAAGAAAUUGUGCUCACGUUUUGAGUCACACCCAUGAUUCCAUAAAACUUUGGGGGGCUUUGUUUGUUUCAUUGUCUAAUUGAACUUUUUUAUGAGAGGUUUGAUAUCCUUGUGUGCUCACAAGGUGAUACGGUAACUUGUUUUUCCUCUCAGCUCCUACGUUUUGUCAUUCUGAACAUGACUCCUUGUAUCAGAUGUAAUCUGGCCAAUAAUGCCUUAAUGCUAUAUUUUACCUUGGGUACUUUUACCUAUUUUUCUCUUGGCCAUCAACAUAUCGUCAAAUAAAUAUCAAGCUUAUUAACGAUUAUUAGCACUCACGCAGCUGUGACCAUGUGAGCUGAGCUAGCAUAUCCUGCCUGGGUUUCAUUCUGCUUCGGCAAUUAAAAAUUCUUGGCAACAGC